UGGGGUUUUUCCCCCCUCAGUCGACCAUUGUUUUUUAAAUCACAAAGUACAAAACUUUUUCCAUUUUUAUUUGUAUUAAAAUGUCAUUAGCCCCCAUGGUCGGGGCCUCUUUUGCGGCUGCAGACUACGUGGUGUUUGCUUUCAUGCUGGCAGUCUCCGCCGCCAUCGGAGUCUACUACGCCUGGACGGACCGGGGCCUGAGGAGCUCGGACGACUUCCUGACGGGCGGACGUCGGCUCACUGCUCUGCCCGUCUCCUUGUCCCUGACCGCCAGCUUCAUGUCAGCCAUCACGGUGCUCUCCAACCCCGCUGAGGUGUACCGUUAUGGAGCCAGCAUUGUAUUUUACGGUCUGUCCUAUUUCAUAACCAUGGUGGUAACGUCCGAGGUGUUCCUGCCAGUUUUCUACAGGCUGUCCAUCACCAGCACUUACGAGUACCUGGAACUGCGUUUUAGCCGAGCGACCCGUCUGCUGGGAACCCUCCUCUUUAUUGUGCAGACGAUCCUUUACACGGGCAUUGUCAUUUACACCCCGGCCCUGGCUUUAAACCAAGUCACCGGGAUGGAUCUUUGGAGUGCGGUGAUUUCCACGGGCGUGGUGUGCACCUUUUACUGCACUAUGGGCGGGCUCAAAGCGGUGGUCUGGACGGACGUUUUUCAGGUCGGUGUCAUGCUUGCGGGCUUCCUGUCGGUCAUCAUCCGCUGCGUGGUCCUCAAAGGUGGAGUCGGACCCGUUGUUACAGAUUCCCUGCAUGGAGGGAGGCUCGACUUUUGGGACUUUGACCCCAACCCACUGAAGAGACACACUUUCUGGACCGUGACCUUCGGAGGGACGUUCGUCUGGGUCAGUAUUUACGGCAUCAACCAGGCCCAGGUACAACGCUACAUCUCCUGCAGGAGCAUCACCCACGCCAAACUAUCGUUAUUCAUCAACCUGAUGGGUCUGUGGUGCAUCCUGCUGUCCUCGGUGUUCGCCGGAAUGUGCCUCUAUUCAGUGUAUAAGAACUGCGACCCGUGGACCAUGGGCGUGGUUUCUGCUCCGGAUCAGUUGAUGCCAUAUUUGGUGAUGGAUAUCCUGGGAAACUACCCCGGCCUGCCUGGGCUUUUUGUCGCAGCAGCUUACAGCGGCUCACUAAGCACGGUGUCAUCCAGCAUCAACGCGCUCGCCGCAGUGACUGUGGAGGACCUGAUCAAACCGCACGUGCGGGUGCCCGAGAAGAAGCUCUCCUGGAUCUCAAAAGUCCUGAGCUUUUUAUAUGGUGCUUUAUGCAUCGGGAUGGCGGGACUGGCCUCGCUCAUGGGCGGAAUAUUACAGGCCACCAUCAGCAUCUUUGGGGUCAUUGGCGGUCCCUUACUUGGGCUUUUCUCACUUGGUAUCCUUUGUCCUUUUGCCAAUUCCAAAGGAGCCUUGUCGGGUCUGGCGUCGGGCCUCGUCGUGUCGCUUUGGGUGGCCAUCGGCGCCCAGAUUUACCCCCCGCCUCCUGCCCUGAGUCGACCCCUGCCCCUCACCACUGAGGGCUGCAACCUCACCGCCUCGGACAGCCUCAACCGGAGCGCCACGGCGUCGCCCACUCACACGAGCCACAUUACUUCCUCCGCUGCGCAGCUCGGCCAUGGCGGGAAUCUGCUGGCAGAUAACUGGUACUCCCUGUCCUACCUUUACUUCAGUCCCCUUGGAACCAUCACAACCAUCACGGUGGGCCUGCUCAUCAGCCUCGUCACAGGAGGUUGGAAGCGCAAAGUGGAAUCACGGCUUACUUUGAUGAAAACGGACACAACUCUCUUUUGCAUAGUCAAGGCACUCAAGGACAGGUUAACGACAAGAGCUGCCAAGCCUGACCCGACACAAGGCGAAAAAAAGCACCCCGGGAACAUUAAUCCGGCUUUUUGUGACAUUGAGUUGGACUACAUGAAAUGAAAUAUGCCUACACGAGAUCCAUGUAGGAUUCUGUCACACGUGUCAUUCCCGAUCAGCGUUUCCUAUAUAGCAUAAUUUCUGGACUAUAAGCCGCACCUGAUCAUAAGCCUCACUGAGUACAUUUUUAAAGGAAAAACCCUUUUGUAUAUACAUAAGCCACACCUGUGUAUAAGGCGCAUGUGCCCACAUUGAAACAUGAGAUAUUUACAAAGAAGUUCAGGCCACCUGCUUUGAUUACCUCUGAAAGCAAUUUUUUUCGUCUUUUUACAUUACUCCAGUUCUUCCCGCUGCAGUUUCCAGCGUCUCGAUUCAUUUAUGCCAAGUUUACGUGCAGCAGCUGUUUCCUUCUUUAUUGGCCAGCUCGAUUGCUUUGAACUUGAAAGCUGCGUCAUAUGCAUUUCUUCUUGCAUUUUCCAUGGUGAGGGUCUGUUCACGUUAAUCUUAUUCAUGCACAAAGUGCGAAGUUACAUUAAACUUGCAUCUCACUCUUACCAUUUCUGCUCGAGCGCCCCUGGCGGCCGUUAGAAAAAAAAAAAUGCAUAAAUUAGCCACAUCAUUGCAUAAACUGCAGGGUUGAAAGCGUGCGACAAAAGUCGCGGUUUAUAGUCUGGAAAUUCCGGUAUAUGAAAACAAUGAUCUCAUCUCUUUUUUUUACGUUACUCUGUGAAAUCUGGGCACGUUUAGUUGAACACAAAACUCUUAUUCUGUUGCCAAAAUGGAAAUA